AUGCGGCGCCUGAAAUACCAGGGACCAAAUAUAAACAUAUUCAGGGACCCAAGGUGGGGGAGAGGUCAAGAGACACCAGGGGAAGACCCUAUGGUGGUGGGAAAAUAUGGAGUGGCUUAUGUAAGAGGACUUCAAGGGGAUAGUUUUGAAGGUGGGAAGCUUAAAGAUGGGCAUCUUCAAACCUCUGCUUGCUGUAAGCACUUCAUUGCUCAAGAUAUGGAUACUUGGAAUAACUUCAGUCGUUACUCCUUUGAUGCUCAAGUCUUGAAGCAAGAUUUGACAGAUUCAUAUGAACCACCCUUCAAGAGUUGCGUGGAACAAGGGAAAGCCAACAUUGUAUCUGUUGGUGAAAAUCCUGUUAAUGGGAUCCCAAAUUGUGCCAACUUUGAUCUUUUGACAGCUACUGCCCGCGGAAAAUGGGGUCUCCAAGGGUACAUAGUAUCAGAUUGUGAUGCAGUUGCCAUUAUGUAUACUCACCAAGGUUAUGCUACAGAACCUGAAGACGCAGUAGCUGCUAGCCUCAGAGCUGGCAUGGAUGUGAAUUGUGGUUCCCACUUAAGGAAAUACACAAAAUCAGUUCUAGAGAAGCAAAAAGUACAAGAAUCUGACAUAGAUAGAGCUCUUCACAAUCUCUUCUCCGUUAGAAUGAGGCUAGGGCUGUUCAACGGUGACCCAAGAAAAUUGGAAUAUGGAGACAUUUCUGCAGCAGCGGUUUGUAGUCAAGAGCACCGGGCACUAGCCCUUGAAGCAGCAAGAAAUGGCAUUGUCCUUCUAAAAAAUUCUGACAGGCUCCUUCCACUUUCAAAGAUGAAGACAAUAUCCCUUGCUGUAAUAGGUCCCAAAGCAAAUGAUUCUGAAGUACUUCUAGGUAACUAUGAAGGCUAUCCUUGCAAGAAUGUUACAUUACUCCAAGGAUUUCAGGGAUAUGUUGAGAACACAACGUACCAUCCAGACUGCGAUUUCACCAACUGCACUUCUGCUGCAAUAGAUGAAGCAGUUGAUACAGCGAAAAAAGCAGACUAUGUUGUUCUAGUAAUGGGAUUAGACCAGACUCUUGAAAGAGAGAAGCUUGAUCGGACAGAAUUGAGGCUACCUGGUAUGCAAGAGAAACUCAUUACAGCGAUCGCCGAAGCUUCCUCAAAACCCGUUAUACUGGUAUUGAUGUGUGGAGGUCCAGUGGAUGUAUCUUUUGCGAAGGACAAACAAAAUAUAGGAGGCAUUUUGUGGGUUGGUUAUCCUGGUGAGGGUGGAGCUGCUGCAUUAGCACAGAUUAUUUUCGGUGAACACAAUCCAGGGGGCAAAUUACCGGUCACUUGGUAUCCUAAGGAGUUCAACAAAGUACCAAUGAAUGACAUGAGGAUGCGACCUGAAUCAUCCAGUGGUUAUCCAGGGCGCACUUACAGAUUCUACAAUGGGCCAAAAGUUUUUGAAUUUGGCUAUGGUCUCAGCUACACUAAUUACUCUUACUCAUUUGCCUCUGUCAGCAAAAACCAGCUGCAUUUCAAGAACCCGAAGGUCAAUAAGGCAACUGAAAACAGUUCUGCUCUGAACAUUGCUGUAUCAGACGUUGGACCAGAAGUAUGUAACAACGCGAUGAUCACAGUUAAAGUUGCAGUGAAAAACCAGGGAGAAAUGGCUGGUAAGCACCCUGUAUUGUUGUUUCUGAGGCACUCUAACACAGUGGAUGAGGUUCCAAGAAAGACAUUGAUAGGAUUCAAGAGUGUGAAUUUGGAAGCAGGGGCAAAUACCCAUGUUACAUUUGAUGUGAAGCCUUGUGAGCACUUCACUAGGGCCAAUAGAGAUGGUACAUUAGUUAUUGAUGAAGGGAAACAUUUCCUUCUUGUGGGAGAUCAGGAGUAUCCUAUUCCUGUGUCUGUAUGAUCUCCCAGAUCUAAGUUGUCAGUUAGAAUUAAGAUAAUAGCAUGUAAAGGCUCCUGAAGAGAGAAGCCCAAUGAAUGUCAGAUGCAAAGCCCGCUCCUAAUUAAAAUCAUAUUGGCAUACCCUCAAAAAAAAAAAAGUAAUUAUGGAAGGUGAGUUAUAGAUGUUAAAUCUGCCAAUAUUUGCAGAAAGAAAAUGCUUUUUUAGUUAUACUAAUUGGUUUAUGACAAAAAAAAAUAGUUUAAAUGUGACAAGUGAACUGAUGAAUGAU